AUGCUUCGUUCCGAGGAUCCAGCUAUUCACUAUGAAGCGGUUGGUGUUAUUGGGAAUUUGGUCCACUCAUCUCCUAGCAUAAAGAAAGAUGUUCUCCUAGCUGGUGCCUUGCAACCUGUCAUUGGGCUGCUCAACUCCUGCUGUUCUGAGAGCCAAAGAGAAGCAGCUUUACUCCUUGGGCAGUUUGCCUCGGCUGAUUCAGAUUCCAAGGUACACAUAGUCCAGCGAGGUGCUGUCCCACCUUUGAUUGUGAUGCUUCAGUCGCCAGAUGCACAGCUUCGAGAAAUGUCAGCUUUUGCUCUUGGAAGGUUGGCUCAGGAUUCACACAAUCAAGCUGGUAUAGUUCAAUGUGGCGGUAUCGUGCCAUUGUUAAAACUUCUUGAUUCAAAAAAUGGUCCUCUACAGCACAAUGCUGCAUUUGCUUUAUAUGGUCUUGCAGACAAUGAGGAUAAUGUUGCAGAUCUUAUUAAAAUUGGUGGUGUUCAGAAGCUCGAAGAAGGGGAUUUCAUAGUUCAGAGGAACUUUUUAAUUGCGUCCUCAUGA